CCGCCGCGGUGCACAGCCCGGCGCCAGCGGCGUCUCCGAGCAACCGGUCCCCGGAAGCGGCCGGUCUGGCGAAGCGGGCGGUGUACCGUUCUUCCAGGAUCACUGCCAUGGUACUUAAGGUCUUCUUUCCAUCUUGCUGCUCUUCAGCAGAAAGUGGCAUUCUGAUCGGGCGCUGGAUCUCCGAACAGAACUCUGCUGUUAUCCUUGCUGUGGUCCAUUUCCCUUUUAUUCCUGUCCAGGUGAAGCAGUAUCUCAGUGAAGUCCAACAGGUGACUAAAGUCAGUGUUUCGGUGCUUGGCUCAUGGAGCAACAGCAAACAAGAGAAAGAAGAGAGUCUGAGUGAGUUCUUGGAAGACCUUGGGACAAUAUUUUCCCAUGAGCCAUGGAUUCAGAUAAGCAAAGAGGGAGACAGCAAAUUCUGGAGCUGUUCUACCCUUCAGAAACACUCUAACAACCCUAAGGAGGAAGAAAUCAUCUUGGUAUACUAUGACCAGCGCAAAGUCAUGCUUUCCCAUCUACAUCCCCCUUUGGCCACAGCUCCCUCCACUGACCACAAGGCAGAUGAUGCUUCAAAGCUCUCUGCCGUCUUUGACACAGUUGCAAAGAGUAAGAUACUGUUCAUGACGGAUCGAUACCACGAUGGGCCCAUCAAGCUGACCCACUGGCAGUCAGAUGGUGUUGAAGCUAGUAUCAUUGUGGAGUUGAUGAAGCAGGCCUCUGUGCCUGCGUGCAUGCUGCUGACAUUCCUGCUUUCACUUAUCUCUGGGAUCUGCAGGAGCAGGGUGCUGAAGUUUUGGCCUUUGUCUUUCUUAUGGAGCAAGCUCUCAACUUGUGAGCAGCUGGGACAUCGCCUGCAGCACCUCCAGGUCAUCAGCAGCAACAAGAAGGCUCAAAACCAGACUCAACUAAUGAGGAAAGCCAACAUCUUUGUCUCUCUGCUGAUUGAUGUGGCUCUGGGGAUACUGCUGAUGUCCUGGCUGUACAGAAAGAACCGAAUUGGUCACCUUGCUGACACUCUUAUCCCUGUGGCUGAUCACGUAGCUGAAGAGCUCCAGGACCUGCUUCAGUGGCUAAUGGGAGCGCCAGCUGGACUGAAAAUGAACCGAGCUUUGGACCAAGUUUUGGGCCGCUUCUUCCUUUACCACAUCCAUCUUUGGAUUAGCUACAUUCACCUGAUGUCCCCAUUCAUUGAGAUGAUCCUCUGGUAUGUCGGUCUGUCGGCUUGUCUGGGCCUGACUGUGGCUCUCUGCAUCCUCUCCGACAUCAUUGCGCUUCUGACCUUCCACAUUUACUGCUUCUAUGUCUACGGAGCCAGGCUCUACUGCCUGAAGAUUUACGGCCUGUCAUCUCUCUGGCGCUUGUUCCGUGGGAAGAAAUGGAACGUCCUCCGGCAGCGGGUGGAUUCCUGCUCCUAUGACUUGGACCAGUUAUUUAUUGGCACUUUGCUAUUUACAAUCCUGCUGUUCCUCCUGCCUACAACUGCACUGUAUUAUUUGGUGUUUACCCUGCUCCGUUUGCUGGUGGUGAUUGUGCAAGGCCUGAUACACUUGCUGGUUGACCUGAUUGACUCUCUGCCUCUUUAUUCAAUCAUCCUUCGGCUCUGCAGAUCUUACAGACUCGCAGCUGGUGUGAAGUUCAGAGUCCUUGAGCAGCAGGAUGGGAAACCUCUUCGACUCCUUAUGCAGAUCAACCCUCUAUCAUAUGGCAGUGUGAUACAGACAUAUAGGCUGCCAACCUACAGCUGUUACCCUAAGGAUUCCUGGACAUCUCUCUGCAAGAAGCUGUUCCUUGGAGAGCUAAUCUACCCUUGGAAACACAAAGGAGAGAAGCAGGACUAAAGACAGCAAAAGAGCUUGAGAGACUUGGUCAGAAAAACAUAUUGAAUCCUAAUGCUUUUGGACCAAAGGCAUCUCAGAGCCAGCAACUGCUAGAUCCCUUUAAUUAGAUUUUGGUAACAUGGGAGGGGCUGAAUUUUUAAAGGCAAGUAUUUUUAAACAUUAUUUUUCAACUUCCCUACACUGUGUUUGUGUAAUAUGCUAAUGAUUAUUUUUGAAGCAAAAGGUUAAACCCAUCAGUGCCUCAUGAAACCAGCAUUUAGUGUAAUCGAGGAAGUACCUCCCGAAUGGUUUGAUGAUGUAUACAUCCUUCCAUGUAAGCUCACAGGGCCGUAUUAAAACAUCCCUUCGGGUGGUUCAAAGCCACAAUGCUGAGGUGCGUUCUGCCGAAGGGUAUUUUGGACCUUUUAUGCUUCAGCCUUCAAGCCAGCUGAUCAAAACCAAGAUGGAGGAGGAUUAGCUUGUAGAGUCAUACACUGAAGACUGUACAGUGGGGCUAUCUGGGUUCAUAGGACAUAUUCUUUUCCUUUUGGGUGGGCUUGGAUUCAUCCUCACUGCAGCACCAGAGGAGGUGUUAAGCAUAGUGACAGUGGGGCUGGAGGCCCAGAAACACAGACUGCUGUACGUUUGUGCAUAUAUGGUCCCAUCUACAUUUUUUCAAAAGCAAAUAUUGUUCUGGGGAGAGCUGAGCCCUGAGCUGACACCAGAACUGAAGUGCAGAGCACACAGCCUCAGACCCCAGACUGCUCAGGUUUAUGUGGCAGCAAGCCAUGGUGGCUGAGAGCUCUGGGCUCUGCCAGGGCUCAGGGCUUUUUCGCUUAGUUGCAGUGUAAGGGAAACGCAGCUUUGCUGAGUCCAGCUCUGGCUGGUGGGUCUGCCAGAAGACUGCAGCAGCCCGGCUUGUUACACAGCUCAGCCAGCUCAGGGAAGCGUGUGCUGUACUCCCUUACAGGGUCAGUUCAUCCCCCUGUUUCUCAGGGCCCAGGUGAGAGCCUCACCAUGUGGUGCCUCAUCUUUUGCACUUUCUGAUAGUCAAGGAGCUUUUACAUUUAUCUCAGAUAUGAGACAUUUAAAGCCACUUCUUUCCCUGAAACUACAGACACAUUUCUCUUAAAAGAGUUUUCCUGCUUUGGAUACUACCUCCACAGUGCAGCAGUGCUCAGCUUUUCGGUGUCCUGGUCUGAUUGUGUGCUCAUUUUGAUGUGAGUCUUCUGUUCCAUGUCUUGGGGAUAGUGCCUCUGCACACAAGAGCUUGAUGUCCCACUAGGUACUUUGUUGUUGUGUAGACAUUUAAAUACAAUCGUUACCCAAAAGUACACUUUCUCCAGGUCUGCUAGCUCCUCUUGCCCCAGCUGAAACAAUGAUGUAGUAUCGUUGUACCCCGCUGCCACUUUGCAUGCCUGAAGUGAUUGCAUUAACUGGCACGUGAGAGGUGUGCUGGAUCCUGCCCCCUUUUCCUUUGUCUGUCCAAGGAACCAAGGAUGGAGGGGGAAGAGGAGGAUGUGUUGUGACUGCAGUGCUCAGCCCUUCUCUGGAGGUCUGCCUGUGUUUUCCACAGGGAGUAGGUGGAGGCAGGGCAAGGAGCCAUGACAAGGUGCCCUGGGCUUUAGUAGCCUUCAGUCAGCACUUCCACUGGCAGGAUAAGAGUUUCGUACCCCAGCCCCAUGUCUCAUCCAUGUACUUGAAGCUGUCACAGAAGAGAAGGGGUUAUGGCCCUGCUGCUUUAAGACAUCCCUGGCCAGAUAUAUUCGCGUUGUCUGUAACUGCUAAAAGCCUCUCAUGGUGCAGCCACUACCUCUUCAGUUAUAGCUCGAUCAGGAGAAAAUAAGCUCUGUAGGCAGGUUCUUAGUUCAGUCAUUCCUUAGCAGGCAAACACAGGAGCUGCCAAGGUCUUACAGUUUUCUUAAGGACAUCAUGAAGGGAGGCAGUUGCUACCCAAAGAGGAUGUCUUAUUACCUUGAUCCAGGGAAGAAGGGCACAUCAUUGAAGAAAGCCAGCAUGGCAAAAGCCUCCCCUGCACUGUUUGCCACUGCAGGCUCUGGGUGGGACACCACUGGCUGCAGAAACCGGAGAGAUCUUUGGUCAUCUUUAAUGCUCAGUGCUUAAAACUCAUGUACAAAUACAGUAUCUUCUUCUUUUGGAAUAUCGGUGCCCAAGUAUUUCUCUCCACUCCAUGUGUGAAUAACUCCAGGUUGUGAUCCAUUUCGUGGAUGAAUGGUCUGAAUAAUGUUUCUCACUUCAGCUUAAGUCAGUGUCAUGGAGACCCAUCCUUACCUGGCACUCAGCGGAGCAGAUUUACACUUUACCUCCUUCUCAUGUUUCCACUGGAGCUACUAAAUAAUAUUCCCCCUGCUUCCUCCCACGCCUGCAUAGUUUGGUUUACUAACUGCUGUGAGAAACUUUAUUUUUGAUCUUGUGAAAAUAAUGUUCCUAAUAUCAUGGCUUUUAAAAUCUUUCUGUGAGACCAGACAGCUCAUGAUGGUCCUAAUCGUGGCUGUCCUUUGGGAUCAAGUGACCUGAAAGCCCCAGAGACUGCACAGAGCCAUGAAAACCAGCAAAUGUGACCUUCCUGUUGGGAACCUGCCAAACAUAUUAGACGUUCCAGUGUUGGGUCUGUUUACUAAAGGCUGAUACUGACUCCAGGGAUGGAGAAAUAUCAAACUGAGAAGCAGCUCCUCCUCAAACCCAAGAGCCUGAAUCUUCUGUGACACAGAGGACCUUGAGUAGCCCAACUGGGAAAUGACAGCCCCUUGUGGGUGCGGUUCUCCUGUGUCACACAGAACUGUUGCCUGAGCUGUCUUACUGUUUCUCAUACUCGGUGUUCUUCUUGCCCGUGAUGGUAUCUGAGCUUAUGAGCUUCUUCUGCUGGAUAUUUGCCAUGUCUCUCCUCUUCCUUUCCAGUCACUGCUGUGAAAUAGUCUUCCCCCACCCUUUUCCGAUUCUGCGCAGAGACAUUACAACAACAUAGCAGACAUCCUGCUCAGGAACAUUUGACCUUAUGUCAUCUCUCUAAUUAGAAGUUGGGAUCAGCAUCAUCUUCCACAGCAGCACAGACUGGCCUAGUGCUGGCAUUUCCUCAGGGAAAAGACUGCUGGUAAGGUUAUGGCUCUAAUUUAUCCUCAGAUCUAUAUUAUCCAUAUCAGUCUUUGGAUGAGAAGUAGUUAAAGAUUUCAGAUCUUUUCUGAUUCCUACCACACACCCCUUAUAGCAGGCAAUGAGCAGUCUUUGCCAGCCAUCAUUCAAAGACUGUAAUCUUGCAGACUUUUUUAAUACUGCAUUUCCUCAUUAUUAUUUCUUCCACUUUAUGGUUCCCAGUGCUGGCACAACACUCAGUAUGCCUCUUCAGGUAGGCUUGGGUUUUGUGAAGGAAAACGUGAUUCACUGCAUGCAAAACUCCAUCCUAGAUAGAAAUUCUGCCUUUGAGAAAUACUUUCCUUUCCUAAUCAGAAUAGCAUGUGAUGAUGCUGAAAGGAAAUCUCAAUAAUUACGCUGCACUGAAGGCUCUGGUUAUGGUUUUGGGAGAUUUCCCUGAUCCUGCAGCUGGACUGUGCCUUGUUCUGCUGGCACAUGUGAAUAUUCCCUCAGGCCCACAGAAAGAGCAUUGCACGUAUGUAUAACCCAUAUGUCAACUUACACUCUCAGGAGUGUAAGGCAGGAAAAUCUCCUGCUUUGUUAUCAUGCAGAUAAUGAGUUGCUUUCCUUCUACCCUGGGCUGCCUGAUCCUGCAGCCACAACACUAUCUUCUUGCUUAACUCAAGCCCUUAGUGAUUUACUCUUUGUGCUUAGGCCUGCUGAUUACACCAUCACAGAAUCACAAACUCGUGGAGGUUGAAGGGGCCUCUUAAGAUCGUCUGGUCCAACCCCCCUGUUCAAGCAGGGCUACUCAAAGCUGGUUGCCCAGGACCGUGUCCAGAUGGCUUUUGAAUAUCUCCAAGGAUGGAGACUACCACCUCCCUGGACAACCUGUGCCAGUGCUUGGUCACCCUCACAGUAAAGAAGUCUUCCCUACUCUUUAGACAGAAUUUGAUGUCCUUCAAUUCAUGCCCAUUGCCUCUUGUCCUGUUGUGUUAUGCUGAGCUAGGAGACACCAUAACUCAAAUCUCUUAGCGAAUUUGAAGAUUUGCAGUCCCAUGUUGUCUCUGUUCCUGAGCAGCCCUAUUCAGGGACUAUUCAGCAGUCCCUUUGCCUUUUGGGGGGUAUCUAAGCCCUCUGCAGUUAAAGAGGGUUGCCUGCUCAUUGAGUCAGUUACCUGACCUGCUCUUUGCCAGCUUUUCACGACCUGGUAGCAGAGAGAGUGCUUGCUCUCCAGCCAAGCUCACUGUCUGCAUUCAGCAUAGAGUGGAAACUCCGGGGGAUGUGGGCAGAAACCCCUAAGCUGGCAGCGUGCAAGUCUGGCUGGAUCGGGGAGCCGCCUUUGUGUGGUGCUCUGAGGCUCUGCAUGGGUAAUCGGUGGCAGCGUGCUGUGAAUACAGAUGGGAUGUGUCUGGAUCUCAGCUGAUCCAUCCACAUGAUGUGAGGCCACAGGGCUUACCAGCUCGUUCAGGAGCUUUUGGGUUGUAUUCCUCUCUGCAGGAUAAAACAUGUUCAGAGCAGUCCAAACCUUAUGUGGGCAGCUGAUCUGCCUUCCUGGAUGAGAAGAGUGUGCCUAUCACCUUUGCAUCUGGCUCACCAUUUUGCAUUGGGAGUGGAACAGCUUGCUGCUUGCAAGAGUCUGUCCCCUUCAGCUCUCAGCUGGCAGCCUCACCUCCAGUCCUUAUCCACAGCUGGGCCUGGACCUCCAACCAAGAAUCCUCAAACUCCCCACUUAUUGUCUCAGCAAGCUAAAUAUGAGGAGGGUACAUGCAAUUAUGAAUGCUGUAGGCAACAGAAUGUAAACCCUUCAUUUCCAGACAGGGGAUGAGGCUCAGGAGCAGAUGGAAGUGCUGGGUGUGCUGCUUGCCCAGGGAAGCACCAGAGCCAGGGCCCUGCUCUGCACUCACUGGGGGCACAGAGGGGCUGUGUGUGCAUGUCCCGCCUGGAGUGUUAUUUAAGCAUCUGGUAUUGGGGAAAUUUGUGAGAACUUCACAACUGUUGUAAU